GUUCGGUGCCGCUAGUGCCACUUGUUUAGUCGGCCAUCCCUUUCAAAUCCUGUCUCUCUUUUCUCCCUCCGUCAUUUUUCUUUCCUCUUCAAUUGCUUCGUGCUGUCGCAUCCCCACACUCUCCUCUCCUUCUCCUGUCUUUCUUGUCCAUCGUUUCUUCCUUUUUGUUUUGCUUGAAUACAAUAUAGAGAUUGUAUCAUAAUAAUGUCUUCCAACGCCCCCGCCCCCGUCCAGCAGGUCGCCGAGAAGGUCGCCCCUGCUCCCCAGAAGAUGAGCGGUCUCCAGCUCUACUCCGGCUUCGCCUUCGCUGGUGCCGUCUGCUGCUCCGUCACUCACGGUGCUCUGACCCCUGUCGAUGUCGUCAAGACCCGUAUCCAGCUUGACCCUGCCACCUACAACCGUGGCAUGAUCGGCGGCUUCAAGCAGGUCGUCGCUAAAGAGGGUGCUGGCGCUCUCCUCACUGGCUUCGGUCCUACCGCUGCCGGUUACUUCCUGCAGGGUGCCUUCAAGUUCGGUGGUUACGAGUUCUUCAAGCAGCAGUGGAUCAACCAGCUCGGCCUGGAGACCGCCUCCAACAACCGCACCGCUGUCUACCUCGCCUCGUCUGCCACUGCUGAGUUCUUCGCCGAUAUCGCCCUGUGCCCCCUCGAGGCCACCCGUAUCCGUCUCGUCUCUCAGCCCGAGUUCGCCAGCGGUCUCGUCAGCGGCUUCGGCAAGAUCCUCAAGAACGAGGGUAUCGGCGCUUUCUACUCUGGUUUCGGCCCCAUGCUCUUCAAGCAGGUCCCUUACACCAUGGCCAAGUUCGUCGUCUUCGAGAAGGUUGCCGAGAGCAUCUACCGCACCGUCGACAAGGAGACCGCCUCCGACGGCACCAAGACCGGUAUCAACCUGGGCUCCGGUCUCAUCGCCGGUUUCGCCGCCGCUCUCGUUUCUCAGCCCGCUGACACCAUGCUGAGCAAGAUCAACAAGACCAAGGGCGCCCCUGGUGAGGGUACCAUGACCCGUCUGUUCAAGAUCGGCAAGGAGCUUGGCUUCCGUGGCUCGUACGCCGGUAUCGGUGCCCGUCUGUUCAUGGUUGGUAGCAUCACUGCUGGCCAGUUCGCUAUCUACGGUGACAUCAAGCGUCUCCUGGGCGUCACCGGUGGCGUUGAGAUCUCCAAAUAG